CAUAUUAUUUAUGUUGAAAUAUGCGUAAACCUAAUUAAUUAAGUAGGUACGAUAAGUUUUAAGUAAGUAUAGAUCAACUGUCUUUACAUCAUCUUUUGUUUAAUGAUUUCAAGUAAGUAUUUAUAAAUUCUUUUUUGUUAAUUUAAAUUCAUGAUGGACGUAAACAAAUCGAUAAUUAGUAACAACAAGAAAAAGUACAGAAUGAUAAGAUAAAUUCAUGUCUAUAGCUCAUAGAAUUGAACAUAAUAUUAUAUAUUAUACAAAUAUACAACAUCAUACUAUUGUCGUGAUCCAUGAUUCUAUAGCUACUAUUGUGAGUACUUUGUUUAUUUUAUAAACAUUUUCCGUCGUGUGUAUCUAGUUUCAUAUUUCUAAAUUGUAUUUAUUUUUUUUUAAUUUGUUUUUUUAAUAUUAAAUCAAUAUGGAUAACCUCGACUACUUAGGUGAAAUUGAAUUACCUAAAAAACAAAUCAAAAGUCAAAUUAUGAUAAAUGUAAUCGAAGGAAGAGAUUAUUAUAAAAGCCACAUUGACACAUACGUUGUAGUUGAAGUCCCUUUAUGUUUUCGCGGGAAAACAGCAACCGGAAAAGCAUCAACUUCUCCAUCAUAUUUCAAAACAUUUAUAAUUGAUCUUCCACCAUCGCUAUUAAAUAGUAUAUUGAACAUGUACAUUACUAUUACCGUGUAUGAAUCGCGUAAUAUAUUAUCAUUACCAAAAACAGUUAUUCUUGGGAGUACUGUUAUACAAGUGUCCACAAUUUGGUCAGAACCAGAUGGGCCCCCAUGUAUUGGUCCAGCUUUCUUGCAUUUUACGACAUUGGAAUCUCAACAAUAUUUUGGUAGGGUACUAUUUUCUGUAGAUACUGAAUUAGUACCAUCUGAAGUUGAAAAUGUUAAAAGAUUGCAAAUUGAGGAUAUAGAUUCAAUUCUUGAUGAGGACCUAAAGUAUAUUCCAAUAGUAAUAAUUGGUGUUAUACUGUGUGUUAACCAAGUACAUAAAGAUCUUAUCAGUUCAAAAAAUAUGGCAAUAACAAUGGAAUAUAGUGAAUAUAAUUUAGUUACUGAAAGUGUAAAUAAACAAGAGCUUAUUAACACUAAGACACCAGAAUACAAAGUAGUGAAAUUAGAUAACGAUUUUUAUAAAUUACUGAUUGAAGAAGAUAGAAAACCUUUCUUAUUUUUGGUUACAAAUAUACCAAGUAUUGAAUAUUAUGCGAUGUUUUCAAUGAAUUUAUUAUCUAAGACUAUUAGUAUAUGGUAA